UCACUCACAUUAAUCCUAUUUUUAUUUUUAUUUCCUUAUUAAUUAAUAUUAAUAUUCGUAAUAGUAAUUAAUUACUAACCUUAUAAAUACCCUCAUUCUUAUUCCUUCUAAGUUCUAACCCUCUAAACUAAACUAAAAACUAAACCCUCUUUUCCAAGAAUCCUAGUCACUGUGCCGUCGUCGUUGUUAUUUCUUCUUUCGUAGGUAAAGAUGAAACGAUUCAAUCCCGAGUCCAUUGACGACGACUCAGUUUCUUUUUCACCUCAAUCAACGUUUCUUCGACGCGUUUCGUCGAUGAAUCAAUAUCAAACCCAAACACUCAACCUCAACGUUAACCAGAACCAAAACCCCUCUGUUGAUCAUCGUCGAUUUCUGCCUCAAUUCCAAAACCCUUACAAUGACAAUCAAACCCUAGAAGAUGCUUUUUCUCGCCUUUCUCUUGGUAAUCCGUCCAAUGGUUACGGUGCUUCUUCUUUUCAAGAUUCUCCUUACUAUAACCAUGGGUUUCAGGCUACUAAUUGCUGUCAGAAUCAUGAAACCGCUGUUGGUUUCAAUGGUGCUGGUUAUGGUCGAGGUAGACCUUUGAUCAUGUCUGAAAUGGAUCGUGUCAAGUAUAAUCAAAUUGAGUUUUUGUGGAGGCAAAAUGGUUAUGGUUAUGGUUAUGAUAAUAGUAAUGGUUAUGGUUAUGGGAAUGGGAAUGGGAAUGGGAAUGUUAACAAUCUUUUGAAUGGGGGUGGUUCUGUUGCUGGUAAUGGUAAUGGUGGUGGUAAUGAAUUGGGUCGAAGAUUUCAAUAUGGUUUAUUGAAUGAAUCCUCUGCGCCUUGGCUCAAUGUCAAUGGUAUUGUUAAUGAUAAUGGAAGGAGAUCACAUUGGUUUGAUCGAAUUCGUGGGAUGGUUUAUUUAAUGGCUAAGGAUCAAAAUGGAAGUAUGAUUUUGGGGGAAUUGAUGGAAAAUUUUGGAAGAGAAGCUGUUUCAUAUAUUUUCACGGAGGUGAUUGAUUAUGUGUCUGAGUUGAUGAUUGAUCCAUUUGGUAAUAUUGUUAUCCAAAAGAUGGUAGGAUUGUGUAACGAAAAUCAACUGACUCGGAUUGUUCUAAUGGUCACUAGCUAUGAAUGUCAGCUCGUUAGAAUUUCUGUUGAUCUUCAUGGAUUUCGUUCUGUUGAGAAAGUGUGUGAGAAUGCUACCACUAGAGAUCAAAGGAUUCUUAUUAUGUCAGCUUUCAAUCCUGCUGCUAUUUUGUUGUCUAAGGAUGUUAAUGGGCAUCGUGUGGCUCUCUCUUGUUUGAGAAAUUUCCCACAUGAAGAUACUAAGAUAUUCCUGAGUAUUCUUGCAUCUAACUCUCUGUCGAUUGCAAGAGACAAGACUGGAUGUUGCGUGAUGCAGUAUUGCGCUAGCCAUGCUCAAGGAGAAACUAAGAAUCGGCUGAUUGAUGACAUCAUACUAAAUGCUCCACUAUUAGCAGAAGAUUGUUAUGGCAACUAUGUGCUUCAACAUCUACUAUCUAUGAAAAUACAGAGAGUCUCAAGCAACCUACACAGACAACUUGAAGGACGGUUUGUAUAUCUUUCUUGCAAUAAGUAUGGGAGUAAUGUAGUGGAAAAGUUUUUCCACGACGCAGGUGUACAUCUAUCUGAAAAAAUCAUUGCUGAGCUGCUUAACUCUCCAAAUGUAUCAAGGCUCCUUGUCGAUCCAUUUGGAAAUUAUGUCAUCUGUACAGCACUGGUGAAAUUUAAGGGUAAUCCCUACCUUAAGAAUGCCCUGCUGGAUCUGAUCCAAGCAAAUUCUCUAAUGAUGCGCAGCAAUAUGUUUGGCAAAAAGUUGCUUGAUAAGGCCGACAAAGAAUUGCGGAAUAUAUAAACAUGGGUCUGAUGCCUACAAUGUGUAACCCUUUUUAUCUAUCUCAUUUUCUGCAUCUUCUUGUUACUUUUACCUCCGGUAUACUAGUAGAACUGAAUUCUGAUUCGUCUUAGGCCAUUAACCCAAAAAAAAAAAACAUUUUCGUCUUAGUAGUUUAUAUGUCUUAGGCUGUUAUCCAAAAAAAUCACGUAUGUGUGUUCCUGUUGUGCGUCAUUCAAAAAAAAAAGUUCGUACUUUAGAUGUGAGUUAGGCAGUUAUAAGAGUCUUAGGUUAAGUCUGUUGUUGUUUGAUUAGUUUCUUUCAGUUUUUUUUGGUUUGUUUUGGUGAUGGCAUGGAAAUGGAAGGACUUUGCUUCUCGAACAGUUUAGGUUGGACAAUGCUGUAUAUGUGCUAUAGAAGCUGGAGCGGGACUUACAAAUAUUCUAAAGCUGUAAUUUUUAUGAUUCUACUGUUAUAGUUGUUCCAAUUAUCUUGUACAAUAAGGUAAUAAAUUGGAUGGAUCGUUUUGCUUUA